UACCUGUCAUCAGUGUUAAGAGAGUAUAGUACAAGUGUUGAAGACAUAUUAGCUGUGGUCAAUACUGUGUUGUAUCAUGGCUGGUGACAAGUACUCAGUGUUGCUGCCCACUUAUAAUGAGAAAGAUAAUCUACCCAUUAUUGUCUGGCUGCUGUGUAAAUACUUCCAUGACAGUUCUUUUGACUACGAGAUAAUAGUAAUUGACGAUGGUUCUCCUGAUGGUACACUUGAGGUUGCAAAGAAGCUGCAAGAAAUAUAUGGUGAAAACAGAAUAGUUUUACGUCCAAGAGCAAAGAAGCUUGGUCUAGGUACUGCAUAUAUCCAUGGAAUAAAGCAUGCAACUGGCAACUAUAUCUUCAUUAUGGAUGCAGAUUUAUCCCAUCAUCCAAAGUUUAUUCCGGAAUUCAUCAAGAAGCAAAAAGAGGGCAACUACGACUUGGUUUCUGGAACUAGAUACAUUGGAAGUGGAGGUGUGUAUGGAUGGGAUCUGAAACGUAAAGUGAUUAGCCGAACUGCCAACUACAUCACUCAGAUUCUUCUCAGACCUAGAGCUUCAGACCUCACCGGCUCCUUCAGAUUGUACCGUAAGGAGGUCUUGCAAAAGCUGGUAGAGGCCUGUGUCAGUAAGGGCUAUGUCUUCCAGAUGGAAAUCAUUGUCCGUGCUAGGCAGUUUAAUUACACCAUUGGAGAGGUACCAAUCAGCUUUGUAGACCGUCUGUAUGGUGAAAGUAAAUUAGGUGGAUCAGAAAUUAUUGGAUUUGUGAAGGGUCUUCUUCAUCUUUUUGUUUCAACAUAAAUACCAUAAGUAAAUAUUUAUAAUGCCUCUAUUCUUCAUUCAGUUUUUACACUGUACACUUACACUACCAAAACUUCAGAUGUAAUGAUCUGGUGCUGCAGUGGUGUGCUUAUUGACGUAGCAGAAUCCAAGCGAAGGAAAGAUUUUUAUAUGUUAAUGAACAGAAAUUAAUGUAGAAUAUUGAAUUAAAAUUAAUAGAAUAUUAAUGAAGGGCAUAAAUUUAGUAGAUGCUAUGUACCACAGCUUGACACUGUCAGCUGUAUAACAGACUUUUGCUGCUAACAUGUAAUAUUUGCCUAAUAAAGGAAUGUCAUUAAUUAAUUUCAUUAAUGUCAUUAAUUUAAAGGAUAAUCGAGUUCGGUGAAAAUUGUCUUUUUUUUCCCAAGAUGUUCUAAAUCUUUGUGUGUUCUGUAUACUAUCAUGAUUCACAUGACAUAAUGCAUACACAGUUCCAUUUUACAAAAUUGCCAUUUUUUAAUGAAGUAAAACUAGGUUUCUGCUUUAAUUAGAUAAUUGUACUUAGGAUAAAAUCAGGAUAGUUUUUUUAAUUAUUAUAAAUGCUUUGUAUAUUUUUGAAGGUUUGGUUUGUUAGAUCUAGACUAUGACCAAAGUAAACCUGUUAAAGUGCCUUUAUCUUUGACUUUUGUAUCAUUCCAUUUACAAUAUGUAUAACUCAAGUUAAAAAAAUGAGUGCUGAGCUAAUAAUAAAUCAAAAGCUCCACAGAGCUUAAGAAUGAACUUGCAGAUGCCAUUCUGUCUGUAGUAGAUGUUUCAGAUUGUUUUUUUAUGAACACCAGCCAGUCUUUAUACAAACUCUUGGAGGUUUGGCAGGAAAUGUUAAUAACAUUAACUUAGUGUAUCAGAGUGAUGGGUUGCACUUUGUGUAAAUAUGGUGGAUUUUAUACACAAAUAACCCGCACAUAAAAGAGAGAAGCUUACGACGACGUUUCGGUCAGACUUGGACCAUUGACAAAGUCAAUGGUCCAAGUCGGACCGAAACGUCGUCGUAAGCUUCUCUCUUUUAUGUGCAGGUUAUUUGUGUAUCGUUCCAGUCACGGUAUUGUGCCUUUGUUAUUUAUUUGUGGAUUUUAUCUUUAACAGUUACAUUUUGAUACUUUUGAUUAAUACAAACGUAGUUUUGAUUAAGGUUGCCAUUCCAAGGUGAGAGAGAGAGAUUGAGAGUGAAAGAUACAGGGAGAGACUGAAAUUGAGAUUGAGUGAGAGUUAUAGAGAUAUUGACAUAUUUUAUACUUGUAUAUUAUAAUAAAAGUAGUUAUUCCUACAAGAAUAUAAGAAUGCUUCAUCUUCUGUCACACUGCUGGAACUGAUAUCUUUAAUAUCUUAUUAAGAGACAACAAACUAAUGAUUGUUUCACAAGCCAAUGAUGAACAAAAAUAUUGAAUAAUUGUACAUUUUUUGUAUAGCAGUCUUCAUGGUUUCAGUGAUAAAAUUUAAUAACUGACUGGCAUUAUUCAACUGUCUUGUAGUAGUUUAUAUAUCAGCAUAUCAUAUAUUUAUAACCUUUUGUAAAUUGUUAUUUUGUAUACACCUUUUGUAGAUGGUAAUAUUUAUAAUAAAGCUAAAUAAAAAACAUA